AUGUGUGGAAGGAAGUGGGGAAAAGAUGCGCGCUGCAGAUCUGUGUUGCUCCGCAUUGAGCUCAUCGUUGGAGAACAAGCUCAGAAAUUUGAGUCCACCGCUCUCAGAUUGAGGGAUGAUCAAGUGGCAUCUGAUUUGAAAUGGCUUCUUCUCGACAAGGGGAUUUCUAAAUUUCUUGCUUGCAUCCAGCAGUCAUUACUUCAAGAAAUGGAGGAACUGUACCUGGUUUUCUUAGAUGGCUCAUCGCAAACUGGUCCAUCCUCUCCUGAGGAAGUCAACCUCCUUGUGGGUAUCGCGGAGUCCCUUCUUCACAAUUUACAAGAUCUUCUGCAGCAGGAGAACUAUUGUGCGGCUCCCUUAGUUGCAGUUGAGGACCUUAAAGAAAAUGUAAGAUUCUUGAAAAACUUUCUUCUUUUUGCCAUGUUUGGAGGACUAGAGCAUUGGCAGAUGGAGGAGCUAUUGACUCACUUUGGAGACUUGCUUCUCAAUGCGGCUCACCUCACUUUCAUGUCCAGGUAUUAUUAUUACCGUAAGAUGUGGUAUUAUAUUUACCAACUUAUAGAAAGAAUUCAGCCUCUUGAUUCCCGUACUGGUGAGAUUUAUGUUCGCGUCCUGCAAGCUUUAAAAUUUUCACUCUCAUCACAUCACCCUGCUCCAGGAGACAAUAAAUUGUUGUUGAGGGAUUUUGUUGAUUCCCUUCUCACUCUCCUUGGUGGGCUAUUAGUGGUGGGUACCAGCUGUACUGUGAACAUCUUCAACCAUCAAAUGCAAAAGCUCCAUGAUGAACUGACAUCCUUGAGUACCAUUUUGAAGGAGACUCAAAGUAAAUUUGACGAGCUAUAUGAUAAAAUCCAUGGCCUUGUUGGAAUUGUGAUUUGCGAGGCGGCAACUACGAUCUGCUAUCUUUUUGCAAAAAGAGAUGAAGGAGGCUUGCUUAAUACAUUGGAGCUUCUAUUUUCAGAUUUGGAAGAAAAAUUUAAGCGUAUUAAGGCAGAAAUGGAGGCGCAUAAAUAUUCAGUAACCAUUGCAUCCCACUUUCCUCAAUCCAAUGUUUUAGAGUUCAUUGAUUCUGUGGUGGAAAAAUUCGGUCCAUGUCAGGCUGAUUCAGUUGCUUUGGAAAAGGAUAAGCUUAAAACUCUUCAAAAUGCACUAAUAUUUUUGAGAUCCUUUUUGGAGGAUGUUAUGGAACAUUGCAAUCAGAAUGAGAAGCUCCAAGCUCUUCGGACCCGCAUUGUUGACAUAGCCAAUGAGACAGACUCUGUCCUUGAUUCUAUCCUGGCUGGAGAUGCUAAUCAGAGUCUAGUUAUGCGGCUUGAUACCAUCACAGAAGAUAUCAACCUUAUUCGGACUGAAGCCUCAGAAUCUUUCAAUAAGAUGCUAUCUGCGGGUGAGAUCAUGGUGGGCUUGGAUGAUGAGGCACGAAAAAUAAUUGAUGGACUCAAAAGAGGAGGCAAAUUGUUGGACAUUGUUUCCGUUGUUGGUAUGGCUGGAUUGGGGAAAACAACCCUGGCCAAGAAAGUUUACCGUGAUCCUGCCAUCACUCAUCACUUUUCUGCUCGUUCAUGGUGCCGCGUUUCCCAAGUAUAUAGCAAGAGAAGUUUGUUGCUUGAGAUUUUGAACAACUUUGAUAAAUUUAAUGAUGACAAGCUGUCGGAAAUGGAUGAAGAUGAUUUGGCUAUUAAGCUUUACAGGCAUCUGAAGGGAAAAAGAUAUCUUGUUGUCUUGGAUGAUGUGUGGGAUAUUGCAGUGUGGAAUAGCUUGCUAAAUUCAUUCCCAACUGAUGCUAAUGAAAGCAGAAUUCUGGUGACUAGUCGAGAUCAUGGUGUGGCGAAAAAGAUAAAACCAGACAGAAAACCUCACCGUCUUCGUUGGCUUAAUGAUGAUGAGAGCUGGAAACUUAUGCAGAAAAAGAUAUGUUAUGAAGAGGAUCGCCCUGAAUCUGUACUUGCACUUGGAAGAGAGAUUGCACAACUUUGCAAAGGAUUGCCGCUGACGGUUCUAAUUGUUAGUGGUAUCCUUGCAAACACGAAGGCAGAUACUUGGAUGGAAGUUGCAGAAAGUUUAAGGAGAGGUAAACUGUCUUUUAUAGAACAGUGCAAGAAAACCUUAAAUUUGAGCUAUUCUCAUUUGCCAAAAGAUUUGAAACCAUGCUUCCUUUACCUUGGAGCAUAUCAAGAGUACGUUAAGGUACCUGUUAGGAACUUGUUGUGGCUCUGGGCUGCUGAAGGAUUGGUGAAGAUAACUGACAGAGAGUGCUUGGAAGAUGUCGCUGAGGGAUAUGUGAUGGAGUUAGUCCGAAGAAGUCUAGUUAUGGUUGCUGAGAAAAGGUCCUCAGGCAGAGUGAAAUCUUUCAUCCUUCAUGACCUGUUACGUGACUUUUGCCAGGCAAAAGGCAAAGAAGCGAACUUCCUGCAUAGCUUAAAUGCAUAUCAGCUCGGUACUUCCAUAGAACCAAGCAUAUUAUAUCGGUCGCGUCUUUACCCUAGGAGAGAAGGUUUGCUAGAAUCAAGGCUUCUUUGCUCUCGUUUACGCAAUCUGUUUGUUGUUUCUGAGAAUGAAAAAUGGUAUAGAAGACAUCGCUUCAAUGUUUUGUACAAGCUUUGCCAGUCGAAAGAUUUGAGAGUUCUGGAUUUAAGGAGAAUCAAUUUGGGUCCCUUCUUUCCAAGAGUAGUCGAGUUACAUGUUAACUUGAAGUAUUUGGCCUUGGCCUUGUCCAUACAAGGUGAGAUACUUGCCAUGCCAUCAUCAAUUAGCAAUCUCUCAAACCUGGAGACAUUUAUCAUUGAAGGAAGUCGACUACGUGUUUCGCUGCCUUACACUAUGUGGGAUAUGAAAAAUUUGAGGCAAUUGUGUAUCAGCGAGUCCGCCUGUUGGGAGUUGCCAAAAGAGAAUCCUGAAGAUUGCUCUGAUUUGGGGAAUUUAGAAACUCUUUCCACUGUUGUUUUUCCUUGUAGUCAUACAAUGGAGGCAGUGGUGAAAAAGUUUCCCAAUAUCCGUAGACUUAAAUGCAAUCUCAUACAGACAGGAGCAUGCAUUGGGAGCUGCAAGACUCUAUCACUAGAUGAGAUGAGUCAACUUGAAUCACUCACUCUCUCUCAGGUUCACCAGGAAUUUCAUGACUUACACUUUCAGUUUCCCCUGAAUAUAAAGAAGCUAGUUCUGUCAGGGUUGUGCAUGCCAUGGAAUAAAAUUUCAGCAAUUGAUGAACUACCAUACCUUGAGGUUCUCAAGCUCCUGAACAAUGCGUUUACAGGGGAAGUAUGGGACAUGGAAGAAGGGAAAUUCCCCGAACUGAAGUAUCUGAAGUUGGCAGACUUGGAAUUAGUCAGUUGGACAGGGACAGAGUCAGAUGAUAAUUUUCCCUGUCUUCAGAAGUUAGUUUUGGAAAGAUGCCGGUGCCUGAAAGAAGUCCCUCUCUGUUUAGCGCAUAUUCCAGAUCUUGCAAUGAUUGAGGUUUCUAAGUGUGAAAAUGCCACUAGUUCAAUAAAGCAAAUUAAAGAAAAACAGAUGGAACUCACGGGAGAUGAGCUCUUGAAGAUCCUUAUUCAUCAUUCAUGA